AUGGCAGAAAAAGGGGUGUCCUUUGCUCGUGAUCGCUUGAUUCCAUUCUUUACAGAAGCAGCCUACAUGAUCAGGGGUGUACCAUAUGAAGUUUCGGACUUGAAUAAUGAACUAGAAAUGAUUCAAGCCUUCGUUCAAGAUGCAGAUAGAAUGAUUGAAGCUGAAGAAGACAGCAGAAAUGAAGAAAUCAAAAGAAGGUUGAGGGUGUUAAUAGAAGAAUCUUUUCACUUGGAAGAUGUCAUUGAUGAGUAUAUGAUCUAUGAGAAGCAACAACCUUGGAAUCCUGGAUGUGCAGCGGUAGCUUGUGAGCCAAUUAAAUUCAUCAAAACUAUGAUCUUUCGUCUUCAAAUGUCAUAUAAGAUUCGAGACAUGAAAUCACACCUUCGUGCAAUCAAUGAAAGCAGUUCAUGUGAUCAUGGCUUCAAAAUCUCAGCUUAUGUAGAUCAAGGACAGUGCAGUUCAGGAGAAAACCGAAACAAUCCAUGGCAGAGGCUUAGAGUAGCUCCUCUUUACAUGAAUGAAGAUGAAAUUGUGGGCUUUGAAGCCCCUAAAAAAGAAUUGAUUGAUUUGUUGGUAAAGGGUUGGGCAGAGAGAACUGUCAUAUGUGUGGUAGGAAUGGGAGGGUUAGGAAAAACCACUCUUGCCAAAAGUGUUUUUGACAACAAGGUGGUGGUUGAGAACUUCGAGUGUGCCGCAUGGAUCACAGUGUCUCAGUCCUACACUGAAGAAGGAUUGUUGAAGGACAUGUUGCUAAGAUUUUGCAAGCGAAGCAAUGAGGCUCUUAGGAAUAUUUCUACACUGGAACGAGGUUUAUUGAUAGAGGAAUUGAGAAAUUACUUGCGUCGAAAGAGGUACGUUGUCUUCUUUGAUGAUGUAUGGGAUCCAUAUUUUUGGAAUGUGAUUGAAUUUGCUGCACUUGAUAAUUCUCUAGGAAGUAGGAUAUUAAUCACAACUAGGAACGUGGAUGUUGCAAUGUCAUGCCAGAGCUCUUCUUUUGUUCAUAUUCAUGAGUUGAAGCCGCUAUCUCGAAAAGAGUCUUUGAGGCUCUUCCACAAGAAGGCAUUUCAAUUUGAACCUAAUGGAUGUUGUCCAACAGAACUCGAGGGCAUAUCCUCUGAAAUUGUUGCAAAAUGUGAGGAUAAUCCACUAGUGAUUGUGUCAGUUGCUGGUCUUUUAUCUUGCAAAGCCAAAGAUGAUUUUGAACACUUUAGUCAAAAUCUAAGUUCAGAGCUUAAGAAGAAUUCCUUUUUCAGUGGCAUAACAAAAAUUAUCAGUUUAAGUUAUGAUGAUUUGCCUCACUAUCUCAAAUCGUGCUUUUUGUAUUUUGGAAUGUAUCCUGGUGACUAUGAAGUUGAAUCAAAUAGAAUAAUUUGGCAAUGGAUAGCUGAAGGGUUUGUGAAACCUGAGGCUGGAAAAACUUUAGAGGAAGUUGCAAAACAUUAUUUAACUGAGUUGGUUAACAGAAGUUUGGUGCAAGUGUCUUCUUUUGCCACUGAUGGUAAAGUUAAAGUUUGUCAUAUUCAUAACCUAAUACGUGAAAUGAUCCUUAUAAAAUUUAAGGAUUUAAGAUUCUGCCAAUAUAUUAGUGACGAAAUUGAUCAAUCUGUCUUAAGUGGUAGGAUAACCCGGCGCCUAUCGUUAGCAACCAGUUCCUAUGAUUUAAUUGGAAGUAUUGAAAGCUCACAUGUUCGUUCACUUCUUUUCUUCACCAAUGAAGAAUUACAUGAAUACUUUGUGAGGGAAAUCAUUACAAAAUAUAGGCUAUUGAAGGUGCUUGAUUUUGAAAAUGCUCGAUUGUAUUGUGUUCCUGAUAAUUUGGGAAAUCUACACCAGUUGAAGUAUUUAAGCUUCAGGAAUACACGAGUAGAAAGUCUUCCAAAAUCCAUUGGUAUGCUCCAAAACUUGGAGACCUUGGAUCUAAGGCAAACAGGUGUACAUGAGAUGCCAAAGGAGAUUAGCAAACUUAAAAAGCUACAACAUCUUUUGGCUAACAGAAUGUCCUUGAUUCUGUUGAGGGAUUGCAUUGGAGGCAUGACAUCCCUACAAACUUUGCAUGAAGUGAGAAUAGAUCAUGAUGGAGUGGAUUUAAUCAGAGUUAGGAAUGCUUUUGGCGUUGAGGAAGUUGGGCUUGACUAA